CCGUUUUGUAAGACUUGGAUGCGUCACAUGCAGUAGUAUGAGAGAUAUAUAUACAUAAAAUACAUACGCUUGCGCAGACGAGUGAAGAGCUAAACGUCCAUCAUUCGCGUGACCGGAUUGAUAACGAAAACUGAUCGUUUCACGAAAUUAAAGAAAGCAGAAGGUUUUCGGAAAAUAACAAAGUGCGUAAAUAGAGCCUAGAACAUGACAUCCUCUGCAGGGUCUCGAUUAAGCUUGCCGAGUGCUGGGAUGGCGUGCAUUAGGACUAAGUACUCGAAAAGUGAAGAGGGUUUGUGAUGAUUUGUGUUGCGUUUUUAUUCUUUCGAAAUAAUCAAGUCAGUGUCCUUCGUGAUCGUGUCAUAUCUUAUUUUGGUUGUCCCCCUUGAUCACCCACAAGCGCAAAAGUGCCAAAAGUACUCAACGGUCACACGUGGAAUGGCAGCAGCCUUAAAAAAAAAUCACUCGCGAAGAAGAUUAGCCGCCCUGACAUUCCUGUCCAACAUUUCGUUGGAUGGGAGUCACCGAGACACCAAGUUAGCUCUGCUUCCCCGCAACGGAGUUAUUUAUCAAGGUGCACUCCAGGGUCUCCAGGAAAAUCAAAAUUUGGGCUUUUUGGAGAAAAAAGAGGCUGGCGGAGACACAGAGAAGAUUUGUAAUUAUUCCCAGGAUGAUGGAACGAAGCCGGAAUCGCCGCAGAAGGGUGAUCGGAGUUUUGGAUCUGAUUCGGCGGCUAUUACACCUGCAAAAGCUGCGGUUACAAAUUUCUUAGAGCAGGAGAGGAAUUGUCCUCAAUUAUCACCUGGAGCAUACAGUUCCUUCAGGGAAAGAGCUGGGACUGCAGGCAGUGAUUAUUCUUUACCGGAAAGAAGGGUUGGUUCCCUGCACUAUAAAAAGCGAAUAACCCAUCAAACCUCUACUUUAUCAGAGGACAUUAAACACCAUUACAACAGCAGCAGUGAAAGUAUCGGUUCCGUACGUUCUAAAUCAGCUUCUCAAGUUACAAAAUUGAAAGCAAAAGCUCUCAAUAAUUUACAAUCAGGAUGCGUAAAUAGUGGAAUUAUACCGGAAGUCACAAGGGAAUUACGUUUGAUGCAACGUCCGAUAUCCGGGCAUAAAUUCAGAGACGAUCGGGUCAUUGUAGUUUCGACUAGACGAGUUCCAUUUCUCGUAUUUUCUGCCAUCCCCUACAAUAAGGGUCAACGAACGAGUUGCUGGCAAAAUGAAAGGGGUAACUCUCCUGUCUUCAAAAGCCUGGCAGUGAAUAAUCCAAUUUUAAAAAGGUCUGAGCUUCGGAAAGACGCGGGAAGGAGGAAAAAUACAAUUACAUCGAGGCCUUUAUCUGCUAUUAACGACAACCUUGAUACUUUUGGUUUGUUGGGCCUUGAACGAGCAAAGGAUGGACAGGAAAUAUCUUACGGUCAGCUGCUUAUUCCAUCGCGUCAAUUUCUGAAGGAGAAAAAACUACUUUCUGGCGAUCCAGAUUCAGUAGAUGUCGGAUAUUCAGGAACAAACAAACACCCCAUUGUCCAAAGAACAGAAACAAUUACGUGGAAUUCGGACUGUACCCAAUGGUGUCUCUCUUAUGACGCUGCAGCUCAUCGAAAUCAACACGCAACGGAAUCACCACCUUUAUCGCUGACAACUGAUUCGAAAGUUUUCGAUUGGGAUGAGCAAUCUUUGCAAUACAAUCCGAAUUUGUUGGAUGACCCUGAGCUUAUCGCUGGAAAACAUCGGACUCUGUUGACAUUUACUUCUUACAUGGCUUCUGUGAUUGACUACGUGCGGCCCUCGGACUUGAAAAAAGAAUUGAAUGACAAGUUUAAAGAAAAAUUUCCGCAUAUUCAGCUUACGCUCAGUAAAUUGCGAAGUUUGAAGCGAGAAAUGCGAAAAAUCGCUAAAAUGGAAUACGGAAUUGAUCUUCUUACAGUGGCAAUGGCUUACGUAUAUUUUGAAAAAUUGAUUCUGCGCAACGUCGUUACGAAACAGACUCGAAAGUUAUGCGCUGGGGCUUGUUUGUUGCUCGCAGCGAAACUCAACGACGUCAAGGGUGAAGUUUUAAAAUCUCUUAUGGAGAGAAUCGAGAGUAUUUUUCGACUGAAUCGCAGAGAACUAGUAACCUCCGAGUUCGCAGUUUUGGUAGCUCUCGAAUUCGGUUUGCAUUUACCAAAUCGAGAAAUAAUUCCACAUUACGAGCGCCUUGUCUACGAGUCCUGACCUUUCGUCACUUCAUUUGCUUCUGCCUCCAUUGGACUGUUCCUUCCAAGAAAUUCAAUAUAGAGCUUUUGACUUUCAAAAAAAAAGAAACGAUAGCAAGUUUUAAAUCUAGCACGAAUCAUGACUUUCGUCAAAGGACUUUUGAGACGAUUAACAUUAUAGUUUGAAUUGUUUAAUGACGUUAUUACUUAAUCAAUUAUUGAAUUACUUUUACCCUCAAAAUACAGCUUAGGCUUCGUCUUUUGAAAUUGCCCAAGUCGUAUCAAGAAAGUACAAUAUUAGAAAAAAUGGCAAAAGAUUCUCUAGUUAGAAUAAUUAAUUUUCUUCGCUCUAUUACAAUUUACCGGAUAGUUUACAAUUAGUCUAAUUGUACCAGAUACAUAUAUUUUUGAAUGUCUUUGUAAACUUUUCAGCAAACAAACUAAGAAACUAUUCUACAAAGUACUUGUAAAAUAUGAGAGUUCUCUUUGAUUUGAAAAAAGUGACGAUCAGUUUUUUCAAAGUGAUUUUGUAGGUUAAGAAUUGGAAACUGUCGGGAAAAAGAAUUUGAAACUUUUUUAAGGAAAAAUAGAACCUUGAGGGAAUUUUGCAAAGGUAAACUUUCGACUGGGGAGAUUUUUACCUUGAGACUUAAGGUUUAAAAAACCUGUAGAGUAAAAGUAAAAAAAAAAUGAUUGAAAAUAGAAUUUGCCUUUUUAUGGUGAUAGCAUAGGUACCAAACUCGGAAAAAUCGCUCACUACAUGAUUUUCUACUAAUGGCUGUAAGAGUGGAACGUUACACGUGGAGAGUUUAUAAUGGAAAUUAAAAUUCAUAAAUUAUAAAAAAAAAAUGCUUCAAACGAGAGCAAACAUUCUACGUCUUUAGUAUUUAAAGCUGCGAUACUUUAGAUUAUGAUGAUUUAAAAAUUACGUACCGACUAAAUUAUUAAAAAGUUGAAUGCUAACACCAAUUUA